AUGAGGACAUCACCGAAUAUCAUUGUCACGGGCACACCCGGGGUAGGCAAGACGACACACUGCGAGGAGAUUGCCAGGCGCACGGGGCUCAAGCACCUGGCCAUCAAUCAGAUUGUCAAGGACCGGGAGUGCCAUGAUGGCUGGGAUGAAGAGUAUUCGAGUUGGAUUGUGAAUGAGGACAAGCUUCUCGAUGCCCUGGAGGAUGAUACUAUUCCGGAAGGCGGUUAUUUGAUUGACUGGCAUGCGUGCGACUUAUUUCCAGAGAGCUGGAUCGACCUCGUCAUCGUGCUACGGGUGGACUCGAGCACGCUGUAUGACCGACUUACUGAGAGGAAAUAUUCCGAGAAAAAGCUGCAGGAGAACCUGGACUCGGAGAUCAUGGAGGUCCUGCUCUCGGAAGCCAGGGAAGCGUACGCGGAGGAGAUUGUGGUAGAGCUGACGAGCAAUACGGCGGACGAGGUGGAAAGCAACGUCGCCAGGAUAGAAAGCUGGCUGGAGCAGUGGAAGAAGGACCGGACAGGCUAG